GCGCAGCGGUUGGCAAUACCGCGGGGGUGACGUCACCACCCCUCACAAAACCCACCGGACGGAAGAGCCCUCCGUCAGUACGUUACAAAUCGAAGCAAGACUAACAGUAGCACUGAAUAGUCUCCUUGUACUAAACAAACUAAGUGAAUCAAUAAACUAUCGCAAGGAAAUAUUACAACACCAAAAAAUGAACAAAUAUUUUGAGAUGAUGUUGGUGGUGAUGAUGGGGUUGGGCCCCAUCGCCGUCGUGAUCACACUGAUGCACUCCUACGGCCCUCUGGCGGUGGGCUGUUCACUCAUCUUUGGCGGCACUUACCUCACCCUGGUGGUGCUGGGGCUCUCCUUCCGCAAGUGUGCUAUCAUCAGCGACUUACAAUCAAACGAAGAACAAUUACAGGACUCUCAGGGGGACUGCCCACCGUCAUACGAGGUGGUGACGGCCAAGCCCCCGCCCUACUACCUCCUCUACGCCAAUGAUCCGGGGCUGCAGGAAGACGCCAUGGGAGACGUGGCAUCUUCUCCCACCACCGACUACCAACCAGUUCAGGUUCAUUACCACGACAAGAAUAUGAUGCGAGGUUUCACUUGGACUAAGACGGAGUGUGAGGUCAGUCCGCCAUCCUAUUCUGAGGCCGUCAGCCCUACUACUGGGAGGUGUGUGCCUUUCUUUUCCCUUCCUCCAAGUGUGACCUCACCCAGCUGGCCUACUUCUGGGACAACGUCGCCGAGCUCCAGCGCUAAUGAAAACACGUAUCCAAGCCACCCUCCCAAUGAGAACACAGAUCCUAUUCCUCCUAGUGAACCGGUAGCUUCCAUCCCCUUGUCCGCCAGUACGACGCACUUACCAACUUAAGAUUAAGAAGCCACACUCCUCAGAACUUAUCUUACCGUGUGAUGACGGAAAUCGUUCAUGCCAGUGCCUUAUCUGCCGACGUGAGGCUAUACACAUAUGGUAUUAUCCCCUCGCUUCAGAGUUUAUCUCCCUACAGUACAUGAGGGCUUUAUGUGUUAGGUGAAACCUAUCGCCACAGAAGUCGGUACCUACACGAAGACCCUACGGGCUCCUGGAUUGGCACAUAUCGUAUAAAAAAGGAUCGUCUAUCAGUGAGAGAAACUACUACUACUGUUCUAUGGCGUUUCUCACUUAGACAUCGUCUACCCAUAUAGGGCUCAUCUCAUUACUGCAUUAGAAACGUUCCCACCCAUACCAAGGAUUUAUUUAACCAGGAAGAAUUCCCAUCUGCCCGAGUAAGGACUCCUCUCAUAUGCGACACCCAUUGGAACCAACCAAUAUUGACUGGUGUUUAACAAGUGAAAUACCUUGGAAGCUUGCAUGCAAGCUGUUAUGAUGGAUGACUUGUUGUUUUGUUGUAGAUAAUGUGAUGCGAGACAAGGAACUUUCUCACACUGCCAAACAAAUGAAUUGUCUAUAUUGUGAACAUAAACUGCCUGUGUUAACUACUACUACCUGAAGACAGUUAUACAUAUGUAUAGCAAUGAAAAGUAGGGAAGUGGAGUCAUGGCUGGGCCAUGACGUAACAAGGGCUGUGUGAAUGAAUAUACAUGUUAUAUACAUUCGUUGCUUAUUUGUAUAUAGUGUGUUUAGCAAGAAAGUAGCACACUUAACUGGUGUUACAAGUAAAUAGUUUAGUUAGUACGAAACUAAGGACGUGUUCAAUCCUUCAGCUUUUUAUAUAUGGAGUGGCGGAGCUGCUGCAGUUUGGUGACUUGUAUGGCCUACCGCUAGCGACCUAGCUAGCUGGUAUAGCGUGUUACCUCGCUAAGAUUUGUGUGUGCCAUAGCCCACUACAGCAACUUUUCAACGUAGUGCUCACACCCUCGAUGAUGGAUGCGGCCUCCAGUAUAAUCCUGUGUACGUACGUACAGUAGCUAAAACAACUAUCUGUGCAUACUUUGUUGGAAACAAUAUGAGAAUUUUGGACGAUAAAUUUUGGUAUAUGAGGGUUGUCACUAGUCACGCGUAAAAUUUCAGAGCAUAUCGACUCCCACCUGCACAGAUAGUUGUUUUAGCUACUGUACAUGAAGUCCAGUUGGCCUGAGUCGCCAAGUGACACCAGGCCCCACCUGUACCAGCCAUUAUUCAUAUUUUGUAUGGUCUGAAUACGUUGCCACUAUUCUUAAUUUUUAUUUUUCCUUUGGUACAAUCAUUCAUAGUUGAGGGAUAAAUGCCGAGUUAAUCAUAAUUGGUGUGAAUAUCUAACAACCUUUAACGAAUACCUUGACAGGCUGGUUUAUGUAUUUCGACACCUGAAGAUAUGCCUCACACAGCUUCUGUCAACUUCAGGUAGAAUAUGCAAGGGGGGGGGGGGAGUGUUAGGUGGUCCUAAUAUAUCUGUUAUGCAUUUACUACAACCUUACUGAUUGUGAUCAUAUAUCUUGUCAUAAACGCCUCAAUCAUGUACCUGAACUAUCCUGUAAUGUUUAUAUUAUAUAGUCCUAAGCUGCAGUGGGGUAAAGUAGAAAAUGUCCAAAGAAUAUACCAAAAUAAUAUUGUGUGUUAAGAUGUGUCUAUGUACAUGAAUCUGUACUUUGUAAAAAAAUAAAUUGCAGCAACAAUGAGUCCAAA